AUGAUAGAGAAAACAAAACAGAAUAAUACACCAUAUACAUAUCAUCAUCAUCGUCAGCAGCAGCAGGAGCAUCAAUCUAUGAGUAUUACACCAGAUUCUAUUUAUAAUUCACCUACUAAUAUAUUACCAAUAAUUAAAACAAUGUAUUUUUAUGAUGGUCACAAUAAUAAUAAUCAUAAUCAUAUAAAUAAUCCAUCAAAUGAAUUACAUUUAACUGUACAAUCAAAUAUACAUCGAAGUUUAGAAGCAUUAUUAAAUGAAUUCACUAAUCCAUUACCACCAUCAUAUAAUGAUACCCAAAUGGUAUAUACAUAUCAAACAAUGAAUAAAGUAAAAUCAAUGAAUGAUUUACAACUAAAUAAUCGCUAUGAUAAUACAUUGAGAAAUCGUAAGCUAAAUAAUAAAUUAGAUAAAAGAGUUGACAACAAGCCAUCAUUUCUAUUAUCAUCAUCAUCAUCAUUAUUAUCAUCAUCAUCAUCGCCAAAGCUAUACCAUUCAUCGUUACAUUGUUCAAAGAUAGAAUUAAAUAAUAAUUAUAAAAGUACAUUGAAUCAGUCAACAAAUUGUAUUGUAUUACCAACAAUUGAUACAUUGAUUAUAGAUUCAAAUAAUAAUAAUAAUAAUAAUAGACGGCAACAAUUAAAACAAGUGAAGCGUAUUUAUGUACAUUUAAAUAAACAAUUUAAUAUCAUUAAACCAGUAUUAAUUAAAAGUAAAUAUAUUAAAACCAUUGAUAAUAUAUUACAAGAAUUAAGUGAAUUAUUUCAAUUGCCCAUACAUAAAUUAUAUACAUUAGAUGGUAAAUUAAUUGAAACAUUGAAGGAUUUACUUGAUGGUCCCAAUGAAUUUGUAGCAGCUGGUUUUGAACGUUUUCGACCAUUAAAUGAAAUGAAUUCGACAACUAGAUGCUUCAGUCGCAGCUUAAGUCGUACAAGAAAUCCAACUAAAUCACCUACCAGUUCAAUGUUACCAUCUUUGAAACAAACUCAUGAACAAUUCAAUAAAGGUCUCUGUUCAACUAGUGGAUUUAUUGUUUGUCAAGUAUUUAUCAAAUCUGGUCAGAAUGAUCCACAAACAGGUGAAAUGUAUUCAUCUAUUUGUACAGCAAAUCCAACUAUUACAAUUUGUAAUAGAUAUCAAUCAACUCAACCUAUACUACUUAGAUCAGCAUAUAUAUGUACAUUGAGUUUAAAUGAUGGAAAUGUACAAGUUAUACAAGGGAAUGAAUUAAACGAAUCUAACACAAGAAAUAUUACACAAUUGGGACCAUUUUAUCCAGGGAGUAUUGAUUACUUUGAAAUACCCUUAAAUGAUAUUAUGGAAAUCAGUAAGAUACGUAUAAGUCAUGAUGGUUACGGUACAUAUCCCGAAUGGUUACCAGAAGAAAUAUAUCUAAGAUUGACACAAAAUCUCCCUAGUAUGACCAUGAAUUCACUCAAAUUCAACACACGAAAUUCUUCCUGUUUAACCAGACUAUUAAAUACUGAAGAAGAGAGUAAUUUAUUGUCAGGAUCUAUACCAACAUAUGAAAUUUCUUUUCCAUGUAUGAAAUGGUUAUCACGCUUUAAAGGUGAUGGCAGUUUAGUGCGUGAAAUCGCUGCACCUGGAACUCAACUACCUGAUCAAGCACCAAGACUUGGACGAAUAUUAAAAGUAUAUCCAUUGGAUAUUACAACAUUAUUUCAACAAGAGGAAAGAGCUCCUGUAAUUCAAUAUCAAGUAAUAACAAAAACUGGUAAACUUUGGAAUUCAGGAAUGAAUAAUACAACAAAAGUAAAUAUAUUAAUACAAGGUGAUCGUGGGGAUACAGGUACAAGAAUUUUAUGGAAUGAAGAAAUAUCUAAAAUGAAUGCAUUUUCAAGAGGGAAAACUAAUUCAUUCAAUGUUGAAGCUGUAUUUCUUGGUCGAUUAAAAUCACUUACUAUAUGGUUAGAAUCAGAUAAUAAUGGAAAUGAGAAGAAUAUUUCGACUACUACUACUACUCAUAAUAAUAAUAACUGGUAUUUAGAAUAUGUGAUCAUUCAACAAUUAUCAAUGAAUUCUUCUAUGAAUAUAUUCAAUACAUUAUCUUCAUCUUCCACACCUUCACCUCAAUCAUUUCCUUAUACAAAUGAUCAUUUUCUAACAUGUACAAACAAUAAUCUGAAUAAUAUUUAUAAUGAUAUAAGUGCAAUUUAUAUAUUUCCUUGUUUUCAAUGGUUAACAACAAAAUUUGGUAUGAAUUCUUUACCAAUUAAAUUAAUUCCAAUUAAUAGUAAUGGCACAUUUACAAUUAAUUUAAUUGAAACAGUUAUGGCAUAUCAAAAAGAACAAACAUUUUGGCAAGUUGAAAAAUGGAAGUUUAAACCAGGCACAAAAAUUAUUUUCUACAGUUAUUUAACUGGUGCACCAAUGCGUAUAAUCGAUUCUAACCGUAUUGAUUGUCAACCGAUUGAUUCAGUUAGCGGAGUAUCAAAUCAAAGAAAUGGAGAAGUUUUUAAUGUCUCUUAUGGAUUAACUAAUUCAAAACGUUCAAAACUAUCACGAUCAUCCUUAAAUCAACAAUUUGGUUCAAGAGACUUAUUAGACAAUUAUAAACAAUCUAUAUUGAAUCAAAAUAUAGAAUAUUGUAAUGAUUUAAAAGAUAAUUUGAAAUCAACUAAUAAAAUGAACAAUCAUAAUAAGAAUACAAAAUGUAUUCGUUCAUUUGCAAGUGUACAAAAUCCAUGGCUUUCAAUGUGUUUAGAUGAAAUAGCUGGUUUACAUUUGAAAAUUAAUUCGGAAUUAGAUUCACAAUUUUUCAACUUUAAAAUACGCCCUCAGUCAGAACGUCUCAUUGCACUUGAAAUAAACAAAAAAAAUUCACUGCAAUCUAGAAAGAUCCAUGUUUACGUUGGACCAGACGGUCGUGUCGUCAGUGGAGCAACAGGUCCUGUAACAAUUCCUGGGAAGUUAUUUCUACCGUAUGUAAAAGGUUGUCUAAGAGAUCAAACAAUCUUAUGGUUAUGUACAGAAAUUCAACAAACAUUAAUACCUAUAAUAAUUCAUGAAACUAAUCAAAACAAUUCAGAAGUUAAAAUCAAUAGUUGUAAAUUUGAUUUACGUGCCACAGGGGAACGUACUACUGAAGCAUAUUGGAGAGUUCAUAAAGUAGACAAAAAUAUUAGACGAUUUGAAUCAGUUGCAUGGCCAGGAAACUUUUUACGUGUUACAUCAAAUAAUGUAGAUGUUAUGGGUGGCGGUGGAAUGGAUUGUUACUUUCAAAUCAAUCGUGUUCGUUGUAAAGGUUUUUUCCAAUUAUCACCUCUUGUGAAUAUUAAAAAAAUUAUUGGAAUGAAUGAAGAUGGAACAAUCACUUUAUACGACAAAGAUACAAUGGAAGAAAAUUCACGUUUUUAUCCAGAAGUUGUCAAAUAUGGUUUCUCUAGUUCACAGAUUCAAUUGAAUAAUUCAUGUUUAACAAACAGAACAGUUAACAUAAGUCCUCAACCAAUCAUUUCAAAUUCACUAUUAGAUAAUGAUAAUGAAGAAGAUGAAGAGAAUAAAGGGAAUCUACAAAAAGAAUUUAAGAUUACAUCCACAAGACAACAACAACAACAGAUGUUAGAAUUAAUACAAUCUCGUAAUCAAACCGAUAUGGACACAACCAAUAGUGUAUUUGUUGAUGAUACAAACUCUAAUGGAAAUGAUUUGAAUAAGACACAAACUUUAGAUAAUCCAAAUGAAAUUCAGACUAUGAAAGACUCCAGUUGGAAAUUAUCUAUUUAUACAGAGAAAUCAGCACAAAACUGUGAAAUCGUUUUAGUCGUCUACGGCAUAGACGGUAAUUCAGGUCCAAUAUUAAUUGGUAGAUCAAAUGAUGAAAAAGGAUUAUUUCAGGCAAAUAGAAUUGAUAAUUUUAUGAUUAUAGUGGGAAAUAUCGGUUCAAUUUAUAAGAUACGUCUAGAAGUGAAUCAAAUAAAUCCGGAUAAUGAUAGUGAAUGGGAAGUUGACAAAUUGAUCCUAGAAAAUGUUAAAAUAAACAAACAAUUAAUAUUUGAUUUUAUUGGUCGACCAUUUGGAAAAUUAAACAAUUUUUAUUGUUUAUCUCGAGAACAAAUUACCCAUUUACAUUUAUCAAAUAAUAAAAUAAUGAAGAAACAAUCAGGAGAAGGACAACAACAAGAAGGAGAAGACGACGACGAAGAAGAAGAAGAAUUCAAAUUAUGUCUAUUGAAUUAUCGUAUACAAUUAGAAUUCAAUAAUGAUGUAAUUCAAAGAAAUGAUAAAUUAAAUAUUGCAUUAGAACCAUAUAUUUGUUUAAUUGGACAAUAUGGUGAUAGUGGUCGUAGAUUAAUCGGUUAUAUUACUGAUAAACAAUUAAUUAUUAAUGAGAAAAGAAAUAUUCUGGUACUUGAUACGUUGAUUGAGUCAGCUUAUCUUGGUGAGGUGACCAGCUGCUUUCUAGGUCCAGUUGACAUUGAAGAACGAUCACAAGAGGAACGUACUGGUUUACUAUGUACUAAAAUUUUGAUAUGGGAUACAAAAAAAGAAGUGGUUUAUGAGAUCCCAGCAGAUACUUGGCUACUUUUUAAAAGAAAUGAACAAACACAUGAAAUUCACCUGGAAGUUGGUCAAAUACAUUCCAUCGAAACAUAUGAAGAGGAAUCUAAUGAUGAAAUAAUCAAAUCAGAUGAAACGACUCCAGUUGUCGAUCAAUAUGAAGUCAACAAAAUUGACAAUAGAAACACUUCAGAAGAUGUACAUUAUAACACAGAAGAUGAAUUGAAUAUUUUACGUGAUGCUCAACUUCUAGUAUCUACCAUAAUCAAGAAAUCAGAAAUGAAUUUAAUGCUCUUUGAAAGUCAACGUUAA